AUGAAGCGAUUUGAGAGAAUUUCUAAAUUCAUACCCACAAUUUAUGCCUUAUCAACUCCUGCAGGUCGCGCAGCUCUUUCAGUUGUUCGCAUAUCUGGGCCUUCUGCAAGUACGGUACUCCAAAAACUUACUGGAAAGAUACCAAAGCCGCGCUUGGCAUCUCUGCAAAGUAUAAAACAUCCUACUCGGUCUCAGAUUGUCGAUAAAGCCUUAAUUUUGUAUUUUCAACAACCAGCAUCAUUUACUGGAGAAGACAUAGUAGAGUUUCAUUUGCAUGGUGGUAAAGCAAUAGUUAAGGAAGCAUUGGAUGCAAUUGAGCAAACGAAUAUCCCAAAUUUACGAUAUGCAUUACCUGGAGAAUUUUCAGAACGGGCAUUCUACAAUGGCAAGACUGACUUGACGCAACUGGAAGGACUUGCUGAUGCAAUUGAUGCCGAAACAUCAGAACAGCUAUAUUCUGUCUCGCAGCAAGCACACGGCGACUUGUAUCGUCUAUGUUUUGGUUGGAAGAAUAAGCUGGUUGAAUGCAGAGCACUUUUAGAGGCUACCAUUGAUUUUUCCGAAGAGCAUGAUUUAGAUCAGAAAGAAUUUGAACCUAUUUUUCAAGAAAUCUUAGAUUUGACGGAUGAAAUGGAACGUCAUUUGUCCAAAGCCAGGCCAACCGAAAUCCUCCGAGAAGGUAUUCGAGUAGCUGUAGUCGGGCCACCAAAUGCUGGUAAAUCAAGUUUGGUGAAUUAUUUGGCUAAACGAAAAGUCUCCAUUGUUAAUGAACAACCAGGCACUACUCGAGAUGCUAUUGAGACCUUGCUGGAUAUUCACGGGUUUCCGGUAUUCUUGACUGACACGGCCGGCUUUCGAAAAGGUUCGGAUGUCCAAGAAAUCGAAAGCAUUGGCAUAGAAAUUGCAAAAGAAAAGGCUGAAAAAGCUCACGUUGUAUUACUUAUAUUACCAUCCGAAAUCUGGACCGGGAAGUCUCUUGCAUUGGAAAACCAGAUAUUUGAACUUGUAAAGAAUUAUAAAGCCAAAAACCAGCAAGUUCAUGUUUUACUAAACAAAACUGACCUCGUUCAGGGAGCAUCGGGAGCGGCAACCAUGGUUCGUAAAUACUUACAUCAAGCUUUGGACAUCCCAAUAUCACAUGUCCAUGAAGUAUCUAUCAAAAAUGAAAUAGGGCUUGAACAAGCGCUUGCAGCACUGGCGUCAUCUUUCAGAAUCAUUUCCCAUGUACAGACUGAGAACAACGAUGACGGUGGGUAUGGUUGGAAUCGGCGUCAGAGAGAAGCAUUAAAAGAAUGUAUAAAGCAUUUGAAAAUGUCUCUUAACUACGCUUCUGAUGUAGUUAUAACAGCGGAAGAACUGAAACUCGCAACUGAUGAGGUUGGUCGUAUUACUGGAGCAGUGAACGUUGAAAGCUUAUUUGACAUUAUAUUUUCUAGAUUUUGUGUAGGAAAAUAA